UGGGUGUAAUUUAAGGAAUAUAGAUUUCUACUGAAUAUUUAUAAUAGUCGAUCAAUAUGGCUACGUUUUCUCAGCAACUUUGGCUAAAGGCUCUGAUUCAUUUAUAGACUGUUGUUCGUCUUGUCUAGGCACACAAUUGACCAUAGAGUUUAACUGCGAUAACUGUGCAAAAUGUUUUAGCCUGCACAUGUCACAUAUGGAAGGAGGGACACCAGUAUAUGGCCAGUGCCAAAGGAAGUGGAUGAUUUUUUCAGGAAUGUGACCUUCAUGAAGACAAACGUCUAGACUUUUUUGUUAUGACCACUGUCAGCUUUGCUGCAAUAAUUGUGCUUUCCUCAUUCACAGGUAACACUGAACAUGGUUGAAAAGUUGACUCUAUGAAGACAAGUUUGUUGAUGUUAGCAUCAUGGCAAGUUUAGCUGAUGUGUUUAAGGAGAAGGAACGGUUUAACUGGCUCAAGGCUUGGCUAGCAAUAGACAUUGCGAAGUCUGGCUUGGAGCACUUAGCUGACAACGAGGCUCGUAAUUUUCACCAGCACAUUUACAGCCAAGUAACAUCUACUCUCCAGUCACAAUCAUAUACUUGCAACAGCUGUAACACAGCAAAUUUACUGCGAAACCAGCAGUGUCCAGUCAAGAUUUGUAAUAAAGUUUGCCAGGAAAUAAUCAAGGAACAUCGGUACAAAAAAUGUUCUUGGAAUAAUACAUCUGCGACAUUAUGGCAAACGCGUCAUUGGGAAAUAGCGAAAUGUUACAUCCAAACAGAUGGAUAUGCUGACAAGAUAUCGAUUCAAGAUACAGACUUCAACGGCGUCGUCAGUUUUAUGCUGAACUGCAAACGCUUUGAUAGCAAGUUUUCUUUUCCAAUAACAAAGGGAAAGCCAACCCACAACAAUCCUGCAUGCCUCCUGUAUAAGGCUCGUGAAGUCCAUAAAGCAGUGCGGCACUCUUCAAUAAUGAAAGUCACUGAUGUCGAUCUGCAAGACUAUUUCACUUCAUUGAACAACCUGCUGAAUGAUUCAAGCUAUCUCAGUCAAGAUAACGUUGCCAAAAAUGCUGUGGUGAAAUUAGCCCAGUUGGAAAAAGACACAUUACUAUUGACUACAACAUCCAUGAUGUGUUUCCUGGAUGCUGUUGGAACAACUUUGAAACAACACUUGAAAGGUAUUGCAAAAGACGUUGUUGACGCAUCAGUGAAUGACCUUAGAGUAAACACAGCAUUGUGCAUUGAUAACAUUAGAGAUUUUAUGAGCAAUUGUAAGAAAGAGCUCGCAAGACAGGCAGAUAUACAUAAACAGGAUAUCGAUGAACACGUCGACAGAAAAAAACAAGGCAUAGAUGAUCACACCCGACGACACAAACAGGACAUGGAUGAAAACGCUGAUAGACACAAACAGGGCAUGGAUGAACACGCUGAUAGACACAAACAUGGCAUGGAUGAACACGCUGGUAGACACAAACAGAGCAUGGAUGAACACGCUAAUAGACACAAACAGGUCAUAUAUGACCACGCCAGUAGACACAAACAGUGCUUAGAUGAACAAGCAGAAAAAUGCAUUAAGGACAUCCAGGAACAGUUUGGAAAUACUGCUUUCACUGAAACAACGUAUAAACAGUCCUGUAAAGAGAUGCUUGGAGCUUUGACGAAGUAUUACAGGAAACGUUUCUGUCAUAUAAAUAUCUUCCCAUUGGAUGACUGGGCUGAGGAAAAGUUACUUGAUAUUUAUAUGCCACCAAAUAUACAAUUUAUGGCUAAGGCAGGAGGGUAUUUCAAGAAAACUGGUAAACAAGUUUUGAAAUACGAAAAUAUUUUUUUAUCGCCUACCAAACCGAACCAACAAAUAUUUAUUCAAGGAGAAGCAGGUUAUGGGAAAUCUACUUUUCUUGCAAAAUUGGUAAUGGACUGGUGUACUAUAACAUCAGAACAAUCAGCCGAGACGACGCUGCCAAUUGACGACAAGACCACUAGAUUAAGCUCUAAUACACAGAUGAGAUACUCUAAUGUCUUUGACGAUUUAACGUCUCUGAAAGACUUUACAUAUGUCUUCCAUGUAACAUUAAGGGAAUCAGUUGGUCAGUUUGAAAUCGAAAAAAUGAUAAAUACACAGAUAGUUGACAGUAUAUACUCAUCUGAAGAAGAUCGCGGAAAGGCAUACAGACUACUAAAUGAGAUCAUGAAACGUGAACGUUGCUUGGUAUUACUGGAUGGUCUAGAUGAAUGGACCGGUACAGGAGAUCAUCACAACCUGCCAACACUGGCCGACGUACACAGUCUUUGCGUUUUGUUGAUAACUGCUCGACCUUGGAAGGUGACAGAAGCGAAAAUACUUGACUCGCAGAUUUGCAAACGGCUGCAACUUGAUGGAAUAAACAACGUGCUCGAGGUGAGCAGAACACUCCUGGGGUGUAGGAAAGAUUUUAAGAGUAGACAAGAUUUAGACAAAAAACAAUCUGAAUUUGAAUCGUAUGUUAGGAAGUUUGGCUUGUUAGAGCAUUUGUACUCCCCAAUGAUGUGUUGUUUGAUUGUACACUCGUGGGCCAAAGGAACUAAACUGAAAGGCUCUAGGUGUGAACAAUACAGUCUCUUGCUGGAAUGUCUUUUCAAGAAGGCGAACAUUGAAACGAGUGAAUUUCAAGAGCCGCCUUAUCGAUGCUUCACAGAGUCUCAAAACAUUCAACCCAAUAUCGAACACUUGAAUAGACUUGCUGAAGCGGCAUUUUAUUUGUUGUUUUCAGAUACACAGGAAAAAUCUCUGGUAUUCACCAUUACGGAACUAAAGAAAUUCAAUUUAGGUGAACUAUAUCCAGAGAACUUUUCACUAAAGUCCGGAAUUUUAACAGCGACACGCAAUGCAUCUGCAUUAAGAUCAUCUUCAUCAUUUACAUUUAUUCAUAAGAGCAUUCAGGAAUUUCUGGCUGCUUAUCAUAUUGCAUGCAAUACCAAUUUGAUUGAUGACGUCAUUUCCGGAUACCUCAACCGUCACAAGGGUGCAUAUCUGGGCAUAUCCCAGGUUUUCAUCUUCCUCUGCGGACUGAACAUGUCGGCUGCAAAUAAGCUUUCUGGUAAGAUGGAUGAAUACUAUGCUGGUCGUUUUAAGGCUGCGUUUCAAGACGUAAUACUAGCAGGAUACAGAGAAGCUGUUGCCAAUCAGCAAAAGGAUAUUGUACUCAAACUAAGUGCGUACUAUUUAGAAUUUGAUAACGACAUACAAGACCUGCACAGCAUAUGGACAAAUAACAAGUCCGAUGUCCAGUACAUGAAAAUAUAUGUUCCUGACAGACAGCUUUCACAAACAGGAGGCGAGUCUGCGUCUCAUAUUGAGUUUGACCUGUCAUCGUGCAACAAGCUGAAAUCAUUGGAACUAAAUGGAGAAGGCAUUUUGCUUAGUGAUUUUGCAAGUACGUCAACAGCAGAACAUCUGGUCGGGAUUGUUCUAAAAAGUGCAGAUCUAUUCCAGUGUGCAGAUCCUCCUCCAUUACUGUCUUCUAUAAAAUACAUUAAAAUGUGCAAUGUCACAUGUUCCUAUACCUGCCUACGCUGUCUAUUCUGCACGCUGCUGACUGUCGAUGACGCGGUGACGUUUGAGCUGCAAUCGAUCUAUAUUAAAUGUGCUGAGGCAGAAAAAAGAGAAAUAAGUGCAUUUAUACAUAAAGAUUUUAUACAUAAAGAUGUAAACAAUGCCUCCAUCGUAAAAACCGACAAUCCCUAUCUGUUUAAGGCUCUGCAUGGUCUGAAUGCCAAGAAUCUGACAGUGAGUAUUUGGGGGGAAGGUUUGAACGUGGAUCAUGAAGAAUCGCUGUCGCAGUCACUAUCAUCGCUCACACAGCUUGAAACGCUCAGUAUAGGAGUGAAGUAUGACAGUCUCGGACUGUGGAAGGCUCUGCAUGGUCUGAAUAUCAAGAGUCUGAGUCUGAGUAUUAUGCAGGGAGGUUGGAACGUGGAUCAUGAAGAAUCGCUGUCGCAGUCACUGUCAUCGCUCACACAGCUGGAAACGCUUAGUAUUCGAGUGGGGUAUGACAGUCCCGGACUGUGGAAGGCUCUGCAUGGUAUGAAUAUCAAGAGUCUGAGUCUUAGUCUGAGUAUUAUGCAGGAAAGUUUGAACGUGGAUCAUGAAGAAUCGCUGUCGCAGUCACUAUCAUCGCUCACACAGCUGGAAACGCUUAGUAUUCGAGUGGGGUAUGACAGUCUCGGAUUGUGGAAGGCUCUGCAUGGUCUGAAUAUCAAGAGUCUGAGUCUGAGUAUUAUGCAGGGAGGUUGGAACGUGGAUCAUGAAGAAUCGCUGUCGCAGUCACUGUCAUCGCUCACACAGCUUGAAACGCUUAGUAUUGAAGUGAAAUAUGACAGUCCCUCUUUGUGGAAGGCUCUGCAUGGUCUGAAUAUCAAGAGUCUGAGUCUGAGUGGUUUGUUGUACGUGGUACUUGUUGAGUCUCUGUCGCAGGCACUAUCAUCGCUCACAAAGCUGGAAACGCUUAGUUUAGAAGUGAAAUAUGACAGUCCCGGAUUGUCGAAGGCUCUGCAUGGUCUGAAUAUCAAGAGUCUGAGUCUGCGUGGUACGUGGAGAGGUUUGAACGUGUAUCAUGACGAGUGGCUGUCGAAGUCACAAGCAUCACUCACAAAACUGGAAACAGUUACACUGUAUGUGAAGACAUAUAAACAGAUAGAGCUACCUCAAUCAUUGAAGUAUUUAAAUAUAUAUUGUGAUGGUUUUCUUCCUUCCAAAGUUCUUGAACUGGUGGACACACUGCCUACAUGUACUCAGAAAGUUGGAAGUAAUCUGAAAUUGCGUUGUUCUUUAGAGAUCUUAAUUGUCAAAAACAUCCCACUUGAGGAAUACACUGUCAUCCAACAGGAACUACAGACGCGGAAGAAUUUUACUGUGGAGAGAUUCAAAAUAUAUGACAGGAAACUUGAAACCAUUUGUGUUAUACAAAGCGAAUAAUUCAACGUUUUGUCUUAGUUAACAAUGACUAGAAUCGUGCUUAGCCGUUUCACUCAUGUUUAUCAACUAUGUAUUUAGGAAUUGUAUAUAGUGUAUAGUUGAAUCUUCAUCAGGUUAGUUUGUUGUCGUUUUUUACAAAAAUAAGGCGUGAUAUUGAUAAAUCUGUUUCACUGCAACACAGCUUCACUAUUGAAGCAAAUCCACUUUUUAUUUUCGAUUUUGCCUCUGUUUUGAAUAAAUAUGACGAGCGUA